AUGAAGGCUGCAGCAUCCGCGCUGCUCCUGGGCGCCGCCUCAACGGCCCUGGCUGAGCAACAGGUCUUCCAGAUGCCCAGGCCCCUCGCCGAAGCUGCCGAUGCCUGGUCCAAGCCGCUGCACAACCUUGAGGAUGCUCUCAAGUCGCUUACGGGCGAGGCGAAGCAGCUCUGGGACGAGGUGGCGAUGAUGUUCCCCGAGGCCAUCGACAGCGCCAACUUCUUCUCCACCCCGAAGCCGCACAACCGCAAGCAUGACAGCGAGUGGGACCACAUUCUGAAGGGUGCCGACGUGCAGUCGGUCUGGGUCGAGAACGCCCAGGGCCAGAAGGAGCGGGACGUCGAGGGCAAGCUCGAGCAGUUCAGCUUGCGCACCAAGAAGGUCGACCCCAAGUCCCUCGGCGUCGAUGAUGUCAAGCAGUACAGCGGCUACCUUGACAACGACGAGGACGACAAGCACCUGUUCUACUGGUUCUUCGAGUCUCGCAAUGACCCCAAGAACGACCCCAUCGUCCUUUGGCUCAACGGCGGCCCCGGCUGCUCGUCGUUGACCGGUCUCUUCAUGGAGCUCGGCCCGGCGUCCAUCACCAAGGACACCAAGGUCAAGUACAACCCGUACUCGUGGAACGCCAACGCUUCCGUCAUCUUCCUCGACCAGCCCGUCAACGUGGGCUACUCGUACAGCGGUGGCUCCGUCAGCAACACGGUCGCUGCCGGCAAGGACGUCUACGCCUUGCUCACCCUCUUCUUCAAGCAGUUCCCCGAGUAUGCUUCUCAGGACUUCCACAUUGCCGGUGAAUCGUACGCCGGCCACUACAUUCCCGUCUUUGCUUCGGAGAUUCUCUCGCACAAGAAGCGCAACAUCAACCUCAAGUCUAUCCUCAUUGGCAACGGUCUCACCGAUGGCCUGACCCAGUACGAGUACUACAGGCCCAUGGCCUGCGGUGAUGGUGGCUGGCCCGCCGUUCUGAGCGAGGGCGAGUGCCAGGCCAUGGACAACGCCCUCCCUCGCUGCCAGUCCCUCAUCCAGAGCUGCUACAACUCUGAGAGCGUCUGGUCUUGCGUCCCUGCUUCCAUCUACUGCAACAACGCCAUGAUCGGCCCCUACCAGCGCACCGGCCAGAACGUCUACGACGUCCGCGGCAAGUGCGAGGACAGCAGCAACCUCUGCUACUCUGAGCUCGGCUGGAUCGCCAAGUACCUCAACCAGGACCACGUCAUGAAGGCUCUCGGUGCCGAGGUGUCGAGCUACGACAGCUGCAACAUGGACAUCAACCGCAACUUCUUGUUCCAGGGCGACUGGAUGCAGCCCUUCCACCGCCUCGUCCCCGGCAUCCUCGAGCAGAUCCCUGUCCUCAUCUACGCCGGUGACGCCGACUUCAUCUGCAACUGGCUCGGCAACAAGGCCUGGUCCGAGGCGCUCGAGUGGCCUGGCCAGAAGGCCUACGCUCCUCUUCCUCUCGAGGACCUCAAGCUCGGCGGCGACGGCAAGAAGAUCGGUGAUGUCAAGAGCUCUGGCAACUUCACCUUCAUGCGUCUGCACGCCGGUGGCCACAUGGUUCCUUAUGACCAGCCCGAGGCCAGCUUGGACAUGCUCAACCGCUGGCUCGGCGGUGAGUGGAUCGAGAACUAA